UGCCCCUGACAACAACAACUUUUUGUUUUUCAGGCCAGUUUUUUGCCACAAGAAUUAAUAUUACCAGUGCUUUUGUUACCAUUGAUCUCCUAAAAAGAAUGUUGCUGACACUUGGAGCAGCCAGCAAAUGUAAAACAAUGUCAUCUUCACUGUGCCAAGAUUCUGAGAUUUCAAAGAGCUACCAGGGCGCUCAUCUGGAAUGCCAUGGGAAUAAACAGAGGUUGUACAGCUGCAUGGUGAUACUGGAGAUGUCUGGCCCUGUCAAUAGCUGCUCCCUGAAUAAACUUAUGCAACAACUCAUUGAUAGCAACAUUGGCAUAACAAAUGAAAAGCCACUUACACGCAUGGUGGCCUGUGGUGGUCCUGGUUUGCCUGUCAGUGCUCUGUUGGCGUCCAACCUGACCUGGGUUGCCAGUGACCUGCUGACCUCUGACGUCUGUCAGUCUGACCCCACUCUGCUUAAAUGUGAGGCAAAUGAGACGCUUGCUGUACUUCUGUCUGACAGCUGCCCUCCCACAACCAAGCAAAGCACAACACAGGCUCCCACUCUGACCAGCAGCAACAUUACUACAGCUACUGAAACCUCACCAAUGUUGGUGACCAAUACUACUAAACAAGCUUACACAGCAGCUGAAAAUACUGCAGCAGUCCAACAGACAAAUGCAUCACAAGGAAAAGCUCAGCCUAACAUGGCUACUUCACUAACAACAAUUAACAGUUCACAGUCCUCAACAGCACAACCUGUCCUCCAAAUCAGCACACAAAACAUAACUAUGUCUGAUAACACAUCAUUGCUGAUGCCCACUGAAAAUACAAAACUGCAAAGCAUGACCACAGCACACCAAAACAAAACUGAAUUCAUAACAGUAUCCUCUGUCAACUCAACAUUACAAACUACAACGUCAACAUUUAACACAACUGCAUUGUCACAGACAACAGUGUACAAUAUAACCAGAGUUACACCUUCUCCAGAUCACACAACAGAGCACAAUGUAACCAGAGAUGCACCUUCUCCCAUUCACAUAACAGAGCACAAUGUAACCAGAGUCACACCUUCUCCCGUUCACAUAACAGAGCACAAUGUAACCAGAGUUACACCUUCUCCCGUUCACACAACAGAGCACAAUGUAACCAAAGUUACACCUCCAGAUCACACAACAGAGCACAAUGUAACCAGAGUCACACCUUCUCCCGUUCACACAACAGAGCACAAUGUAACCAGAGAUGCACCUUCUCCCGUUCACACAACAGAGCACAAUGUAACCAGAGAUGCACCUUCACCCGUUCACACAACAGAGCACAAUGUAACCAGAGUUACACCUCCAGAUCACACAACAGCGCACAAUGUAACCAGAGUCACACCUUCUCCCGUUCACACAACAGCGCACAAUGUAACCAGAGUCACACCUUCUCCCGUUCACACAACAGAGCACAAUGUAACCAAAGUUACACCUCCAGAUCACACAACAGCGCACAAUGUAACCAGAGUCACACCUUCUCCCGUUCACACAACAGAGCACAAUGUAACCAGAGUUACACCUCCAGAUCACACAACAAAGCACAAUGUAACCAGAGAUACACCUUCUCCCGUUCACACAACAGAGUACAAUGUAACCAGAGUUACACCUUCUCCCGUUCACACAACAGAGCACAAUGUAACCAGAGUUACACCUUUUCCCGUUCACACAACAGAGUACAAUGUAACCAGAGUUACACCUUCUCCCGUUCACACAACAGAGCACAAUGUAACCAGAGUUACACCUCCAGAUCACACAACAGAGCACAAUGUAACCAAAGUUACACCUCCAGAUCACACAACAGCGCACAAUGUAACCAGAGUCACACCUUCUCCCGUUCACACAACAGAGCACAAUGUAACCAGAGAUGCACCUUCUCCCGUUCACACAACAGAGCACAAUGUAACCAGAGUUACACCUCCAGAUCACACAACAGAGUUCAAUGUAACCAGAGUUACACCUCCAGAUACCACAACAGCGCACAAUGUAACCAGAGAUACACCUUCUCCCGUUCACACAACAGAGCACAAUGUAACCAGAGUUACACCUCCAGAUCACACAACAGAGCACAAUGUAACCAAAGUUACACCUCCAGAUCACACAACAGAGCACAAUGUAACCAGAGUCACACCUUCUCCCGUUCACACAACAGAGCACAAUGUAACCAGAGAUGCACCUUCUCCCGUUCACACAACAGAGCACAAUGUAACCAGAGAUGCACCUCCAGAUCACACAACAGAGCACAAUGUAACCAGAGUCACACCUUCUCCCGUUCACACAACAGAGCACAAUGUAACCAGAAAUGCACCUCCAGAUCGCACAACAGAGCACAAUGUAACCAGAGUCACACCUUCUCCCGUUCACACAACAGAGCACAAUGUAACCAGAGAUGCACCUCCAGAUCGCACAACAGAGCACAAUGUAACCAGAGUCACACCUUCUCCCGUUCACACAACAGAGCACAAUGUAACCAGAGAUGCACCUCCAGAUCGCACAACACAGUACAAUGUAACCAGAGUUACACCUUCUCCCGUUCACACAACAGAGUACAAUGUAACCAGAGUCACACCUUCUCCCGUUCACACAACAGAGUACAAUGUAACCAGAGUUACACCUUCUCCCGUUCACACAACAGAGCACAAUGUAACCAGAGUCACACCUUCUCCCGUUCACACAACAGAGCACAAUGUAACCAGAGUUACACCUUCUCCCGUUCAGACAACAGAGCACAAUGUAACCAGAGUUACAUCUUCUCCUGUUCAGACAACAGCGCACAAUGUAACCAGAGAUGCACCUUCUCCCAUUCACACAACAGAGCACAAUGUAACCAGAGUCACACCUUCUCCCGUUCACACAACAGAGCACAAUGUAACCAGAGAUGCACCUCCAGAUCACACAACAGAGUACAAUGUAACCAGAGAUGCACCUUCUCCCGUUCACACAACAGAGCACAGUGUAACCAGAGUUACACCUUCUCCUGUUCACACAACAGAGCACAAUGUAACCAGAGUUACACCUUCUCCUGUUCACACAACAGAGCACAAUGUAACGAUAGCCAGCAGCUCUGGAAAACACAACAGUACAAUUACUACAACAGUUAGCUCAUUCACACCAUCUCCUAAUCACACAUCAGUGAAUAAUGUAACUACAGUUUCUAACUACUACAUUACAGCUGAGAAUAUAACCACAACUACUGUAUCUCAAAACAAAACUGCCACUGACAGUGUAACCACUGCACCUAUCAGGGAAACACAACAGAACGCAACUGCUCCUUUUAAAAACACGACAAUGUCUACAACAUCCAGUAAAAACUCAACUGUUGACAGUAUGCCGUCUGUUGUUGACAACAGCACUAAACCCACAGUAGCUCCACUGAACAACCAGACUGUACAUGACACCACAGUGAAAGUGACUGAUAAUAUCACAACAACCAACAAAAAUAACAUCACCGCUGCCACUGGCAUCAAGCUCAACGAAACUGCAGGAAUCAGCUUCAACCUGAGCUCAACUGCAAGCAGUUCAACCGCUGAUUUCGACUUAGCAACCAAAGGACCAGGAGUCAGUUUAACAACUACAGCUAACACUACCCUUGAAUAUAAAGCCACAACUUCUUCCACAACCCCUACAGCUACUACAACUAUCCAUGGUACACUUUUGCCCCAGAUUAACACUACUACUGCAAUGGUUUCCUCUAAUUCUUCUACAACAACUCUCCAAACCACCACCCUUACCAGCACAACCACAACCAUCCCUGAGACAGCUAAAAGCCAAGAUGCCCAGGAGCAAAAGGCAAACGAGCUGCUGAAUCAAACACAGGAUGCAUCUCAGCUCAACUCUUUUCAGGUCGCACAGUUGGUGGGGGAGUUGGAGAAAUUUCUGGAGGGCCCCACUGUCUCCCAGGCAGUGGGACAAAAGGUCAUCAAUGUAAUCAGCAACCUGAUGGGGGCUGACUCAGUGGCACUCUCUGCGUCUGCUAACAGGCUGAUUCAAAUGGUAGAUGCUGUGGGUCUUAAGCUGGUUGUCACAGGUGACGGCGAGAUCGUCUCUUCAGAUUCACUUGUUCUGGCAGUGAGGACGGUUGAUGGGACCAACUUUCCAGCAACAUCUGUCGACAUUUUCAACACUGAUAAUGUCCAGCUCCAGACCUUCAGCAGAUCCCGGUCCAAGAGGUUGCCGUCUGCUCUUGGGUCUGUAUUCAUGCCCUCCUCCCUCACCUCGGGUCUCAGUCCUGAGCAGCAGCAGCAGGCCAGCAGGAUCCAGUUCACUUUCUACACCAAAUCUAUCCUCUUCCAGGAUGCAACAUUAGAUAACCAAACCCUUGUAAGUCCAGUCCUGAGCUCUAGUGUGGCCAAUCUGUCAAUAAGCAACCUGUCUGAGAACAUUCAGUUUACCAUCCAAAACAUUAAACCCAUAAAUGCAAACUACGUGGCCUCCUGUGCAUUCUGGGACUUCACUCAGAACGGUGGUGGAGGAGGUUGGAGCUCUGCCGGCUGCUUUGUUGUCAACGUCACAGCGGAAGACACAACCUGCAGCUGCAACCAUCUCACAUCUUUUGCAAUAUUGCUGGUUCGUGAUUUGUCCAGAGAGGGAAUAACUGACCGCCAGCAGGCACAAAUUCUUACUUUCAUCACCUACAUCGGCUGUGGGAUCUCUGCUGUUUUUCUUGCUGUCACUCUACUGACAUAUAUUUUAUUUCAAAAACUGCUCCGGGAUAUCCCUGCCAAGAUUCUGGUUCAGCUCUGCAUGUCCCUUCUUCUCCUCAACCUGGUCUUCUUGCUGGAUGGCUGGCUGGCGCUGUACCCAGCGAUCGGGCUGUGCAUUAGCACUGCCUUUUUCCUGCACUACUUCCUGCUGACAUCAUUCACCUGGGCGGGGCUUGAAGCCCUGCACAUGUACCUGAGCGUCAUCCAGGUGUUCACUCCCUACCUCAGCAGAUACAUGCUCAAGUUCUCACUGAUGGGCUGGGGGAUUCCUCUUAUAGUGGUGAUCAUUGUAAUAUCAGUGGACAAAGACAACUACGGCCUGGUCACGUAUGGAAAAUACACAGACGGCACUUCAGAUGACUUCUGUUGGCUGCGUAGUAACGUCGCCUUUUACGUGGGUGUCGUGGCCUACUUCAUCCUGAUUUUCGCUCUGUGCCUGCUGGUCUUCAUCAUGGUUAUGGUCCAGCUGGCCCGGAUCAAGAAGCAGAACCCCCAGAACCAGUCCCCUAACAGGGGAGUAAUGACAGACAUGCGCAGCAUCGCUGGCCUCGUCAUCCUGCUCGGCCUCACCUGGGGUUUCGCCCUGUUCGCCUGGGGACCCCUCUACUUACCCUUUGUUUACCUUUUCACUUUAUUCAACACUCUGCAAGGUUUCCUUGUCUUUGUUUUCCACUGUGCUGUAAAGGAGAAUGUCCGCAGACAGUGGAGAACUUAUCUUUGCUGUGGAAGACUGCGAUUGGCUGAAAACUCAGAAUGGAGUCGGACGGCAACACAGAACAACAAGAAUCCAUCGGGUACCACGGCAGCCACUGCAGAUUUCCUCUUUACCACUCGAAGCUCCUCUGUCAUCAGUGAUCGCACCAACAGCGGCUCUGUGUUUGGGGACAGUGGAAUAUUUGAAGGCUCCAACAGCGACGUCGUCCUCAACGAGAUUCACAGAAGAAAUCUGUCACUGCAAGGAGAGGCCUGACAACCGUGUCAAGCGGUAAUUUGUGAUUACAAUAAUUAUAUGCUCUGAGAGAGCCGAGAGGGCGGUCAGAGAUUGGUGAUCUCCUGCAGCUCCAGUAAACAAAAAAAGAGACUAGAGAUGACAAGAUUAGAUGCUCGUAGGAAAUCCUCAGUGUUAGACAAGAUGAAGGUUUAAAAGGUGUAAUGAAGGACCAAGGAGAAGUUUGACUGAAGUACCUGAGAUCAGUAUGAUUAUGAUCAUUGCUUGAAUGCAACAAGUUGAAAGUGUGACUUGUUACCUUUUCUACACCAUAGUAGAAUAAAUGAACACAGAAAUAAUGUAAGAGACUUGUUAGCAGUAGGAAGUGUAGGUAUGUUCCUGACUGAAAGAUGUAAUAGUUUCACUGUAACAGCUGUGACAGCAUAGCUUGUUUCAAAGCUCGUAGAAGUAGUACUGUAAACAGUAAACGUGACGGUAACCUGUAUGACAGGGUUUGGUAUGUUAAAGAUACAAAAUUCAUUUAAUCGGUAGCCUAGAACACUGUAUAGAUUGUUGUGAGGCUAUUUUGCUGUCUUUUGAAAUAUUCCUUUUGUUCCCAAACAUUAAAUAAUUAAGAUAUUUCCAUUGUGUUUACAAUACUCCACUGGCCUUCCCCUUUCUAUUUUCAGUAAAGAGUUCACAUCCCUCUUUUGGGGUGUGUCAAAGGCAUUCUGGGAUGGAAUUUGUUUCAAGCAUAAAAAACAUGUGGCAUGUAAGUGUGGUCAAGCAGCGUACGUGUAAAGCGGAGACAAUAAAACCUCAACUCAUUACCUGUCUUUUUUGAGUCAGAGAGUUUGACGUCUACAUGGAAUCUUUUAACAAACGUGUUCAACAGAAAAAGCCACCAAUUAUGAUCCUAGCAGACUCCCCUCUUAUCACAGUGUUGUGUAACCUUCAGCAGAGCGUCCUACACCCGCUUUUCCCACGGUUCAAUCACAGCCUGUGAAGGUCGGCCCCAGAGAUUGGCAGCAGUUAGCUAUUAAAAGUUUUACAUGGUUUCAAAUCUCGGAACAGUGUGACCUCUAACGUGAACCGAAUGAGACAGCAAGCUGUGUGAAUGAUGGUAGAGACACAGAUGUUACAGUGAUGAGCACAAACUGCAUAAAUUCAUUUUAAUUCUGAAUCUAUUGCAAGGUCAUGCAGAUGAGAAAAAUUCUGUAGCCAUUUGAAUUCUUGAAAUAAUAAUCAGUGUCUACUUUUACAGCUCAAAAAAUACACUGCACAUCGUUCUAUUGGCUUGAUAUGUCUUAACUUUUUCUGGUUUUAUGAGAAUUGCUUAUGAACAUGAUUUUGAACUGGUGGCAUGUUUUAAAAAUUACAGAAAAUGACACAUUACUUCUGCCCAGAUGUAGCCUACAUUUUACACAGCACUACCCCUCAAUUAUCCAUAAUAAGUCAAAUCUCUUAAUGGAAUUUGAUAUUAUCUAUGUUUCGGUUUCACGGGUUUGACCUGUAAAGUAAGUAUUUGACUGUGUAGGACUACAUACUGUAAAUGUCUUUUGCUGAUUUGUUCUCACAUUGCCAAUGUAGUAUUUAUUGGAAACGUUUCCUUGUUUAGUAUAAUACAAAUGCAUAAAAAGAUAUUUCUUUAUUUUGUUAUGUCCAUGCAAUGUGCAAGUUAAGUUUGUAGCAAAACAAAAGGUUUAACCACUUCAAUACUUCUGCAUAUUGGUUUUUCAUAAGAAGAAAAAAAUGUGGGUCCCCAAACAGUUUUUUGUAUAAAUUUUAUGUACAUUAAUUCCUCCAGGAACAAUGUACUUAAUUCAAAUAAUCAAAGCUGAUAACUGGUGAAUUUAUAAUUUUAAAGGAUAUUUUCUAUAUUCGUUUAUUGCAUCUAUAAUAUUUUGUAGUGUGAGGCCUUUGUCUGGCAUUUGGGUUUAUUGCUGUAUGAAUGAUCAAUAAAGGAAAAUUACUUAGACCCAGUGUCUGG